AUGAUAUUGAGAUAUCCAAUAUUUGUGAUUCUUUCCUAUUACUCGACGACAAUUAUCGCCAAUGAGGCAUUCUCGCCAUGCAAUGGGAAAUCGCAAUUAGGUGGAGUGUGUGAUAUGAACGCCGAUUGUGAGCAUAAAGGAUCGAUUUGUCUCCGAGGGAGAUGCAGAUGUCAUCCUCAUUACAUGGAAGCGCUUGAUGAAAAGGGAAGAAAUCCGAGAUGUAAAUCGUUGCCGUCGAAAAUCGGAGCUGCUUGUGUUGCGAAGUGCCGAGAGCCGUUAUUUUGUCGAAAUGGCGAAUGUCAUUGUGUGCAACGUGGAGCAACGAGGAUACAAGGAUCCGAAUGCACGACAACUUCUCGUGUCGGUGAUCGUUGCUCUCGUCACUAUGAUUGUACGGCUCCUUUCUCGGCUUGUCUCAAUUCGACAUGUGUCUGCAUCUCGGGCACAAUACAACAAGGUUCUCGUUGUGUUGCAGCAGCGAAUUGUCCCCUUGGCGGAUUGCCCGGACAAACGUGCGUGAGAAAGACGAGUCCAUAUAUGGUUCACAACUUACCACCGGAUCAAGACAAUUGUCCGCCUGGGCAGAUUUGCGUGACCCCAUCAGAUUCCCCGAUCGGUCACUGUUGUCCAAUCUCGUGCCCACUUUCCUCGCAUUCAGAUCCACAUUACAGCUGUGAUCCAACAGCUUCUUCCACGGAUCGAUGCCCGAAUGAUACUCAUUUCUGUCAUAUGUUGUCAGAUGGUGGUUUCUCGUUCGCGAUUUGUUGUCGUCGUCCGUGUCAUUCUAUGGCUCCAAAUGCUCUUUUCGCGAAUAAUGCCUGCAUUCCGCGAUCACAGCUGAAUGGAGCUUGUUUCUCGGAUGCACAAUGCGGGGGAGCAGAGGGAAUGCAUUGUGUACAAGGUCAAUGCGAGUGUCUAUCGGGAUUUCAUCCAUCCGUCGACACACUCACUCAUCCACUGAAGAACCCGUCGAAUGGAUGCACACGAGAUUGUACACAAGAGAGUUUGAGUAGAGAUACGAGUUGUAUGAAAACAUCAACCCUCGGUGGUCAAUGUUUCAUUCAACAACAAUGCCCUCCGAGUUCUGGAUGCUACAGAGGCCGGUGUCUUUGCAGAUGUGGCUUUGAGCAAGUCGGUAACAAAUGUGUUCCCCUUCCACCACCAUCCACCACAACGGCGGCACCGAGUCUCAAUGUACCUGGACUACCGAAAGGGAAUGAUCUCUUGCAAUUUUUCGGAGAUCUUUUUGGUGCAGGAGCACCUGCUGGA